GAGUGGACGCACCAUGAUGAUGGUUUGUUCGUGAGAAGUCAAGUGGUUGUUAAAGUGAAGUCGUGAGUCGUUAGCCAUGACGCAGCCAUUUCAUCAUCGUGCAGACACUCCAUCCAGCCCCGGCCGGGUCCCAACCCAUGUAUCCUCGUGGAUAGAAGAUCUAAUCUUAUCGGGAUCGCCGUCAAUCCAAGAAGCGUUGCCGUAACGAGAGUUUUGAUGGCCGCCACCCGUCAGAAUGUGCAAUGUUGAUCGCAGGCGUCUCAAAGGGAUGCGAGGUCGGCGGCGCUUGGGCUCGAAAAGAAAGACGGGGUGUAAGCAUGCUUCUGCUGCCCCACGCCGAGACCGUGUGCUGGCAAUUGAGAAUAUGGUUGCAGGAGGCGGGGGUGAGGUGAUACGCCACUCCGAUCACUGGGGGGCACACUCGGUGGCGUGACCAGCCCGCCGCCCAGCUGUAAACAAUCGCCUUUUCCGGACAUGUCCUUCGGGCGGCCAGUCUCAAGUGGCG